GAGCUCUUUCUCUCUGUCUUUCCUUUUUUUCUGGGGAUUCGGAACUCUCUCUUUCUCUCUCCUUUUUCUUGGGAUUCGGAUCUCUCUCUCUCUCUGUUCUGGAACAAUGGCGUAUGCACUUGUUUCAAUGGUUGUGAACAAACUUCGAGAAGAGGUUUAUUUGGUGGGUGAUGCCAAAGAAGAAUUUGAAAAGUUAUCUUCUACAUUGGAAUCCAUUCAAGCACUUCUUAAUGAUGCUGAGAUUAUGCAAUUUCACAAUGAAAGCAUUCAAGCUUGGUUAAAAAAGUUCAAAGAUGUGGUUUACGAUAUCGAGGACGUGGUAAAUGAUAUGAUUCCAUCCCCGGAAUCUGAAUCAGGGACCCACGACGGUGACGAUCGACUCAUUGGAAACCAGGCAUGGGCGUGCUUAUUUUCAGUCUUUUCAUGUUGCGGUCUAGAAGAUUGGAUAAGGUUGGCCCAUGAAUCAUGGACUGACGGUGACGAUACUGAUAAUCGCAGCAUCAGAGAUAAGGUUCGGACAUUUGUCAGUAAAGUCGCAUCACAACGCGAUUUUGCUCGUAAGAUAAAACAAGUAAGGGCGAAGCUGGAUCAGAUUGCAGAUGACAAAAGUAAGUUCAGUUUUAAGGAGAUUCACAGUUUCCGUGGAGACAGUGAGCUUGACAAGGCCGAGUCUCAAACCAGUUCGCUCGUAGACGAAUCACAGAUUCACGGGAGGGACGAAGACAGAGAUACCAUAAUAAGCAAGUUGAUAAGCGGUAGCAGUUGUGAGGAGGGACGGAUUCAUGUCAUUUCGAUCAUAGGCGUUGGCGGGUUGGGCAAGACGACUCUUGCUCAAUUGAUCUGCAAUGAUGAAAGGGUGAAGAGCCAUUUCCAUAAGGUUCUAUGGGUUUGUGUUUCUGAUCAUUUUAAUUUGAUAAAUCUUACAAAAGCAAUUAUAGAAGCAGCUGGAGGGACAAGUCCACCGCAUUCUCGCCUAGGCUCAUUGCAGAAGCAGCUUAUCCAAACAUUACAGGACAAGCUAUUCUUGCUUGUACUUGAUGAUGUGUGGAACGAUGAUAGUCAAAGGUGGGAGAGACUAUGGCUUUCCUUGCAAAGAGGUGCACCCGGAAGUAGGAUUUUGGUCACCGCUCGCAGCGAGAAGGUUGCAUUUACAUGCAGGGACUCCGCCUACAUGCAUAAAUUGAAAGGUUUAUCCGAUGAUGAUUGCUGGUUACUGUUCAGUAGCAAAGCUUUUGCAAGGAGGGAAAUGAAAGAUUGUCAGGAGUUGGUAAAGAUAGGAAAGGAAAUAGUGAAGAAGUGUAAAGGAGUUCCUCUUUCAGCAAAGGUAAUCGGAAGUACGAUGUGUUCCAAGACGACCACACAAGAUUGGAAGGACAUCUUGGAAAGCCAAACGUGGGAAAUACCAGACAUCGCGACAGGUAUCUUACCAGCUUUGUUGUUGAGCUAUUAUAAUCUACCCGUCCAUUUGAAGCAGUGUUUUGCAUAUUGCUCAAUAUUUCCGAAAGAUCAUUGGUUGGAGAAGGAUAUAUUGGUAAAGUUGUGGUUAGCUCAGGGUUUCAUCAAGCCGCAGGGAAGAAGAGAGAUGGAAUCAAUUGGCGGAGAGUACUUUGAUGAACUACUGAGGCGGUCUUUGCUCCAAGAUGCGAUUGUAUAUUUUGAAGGAGUCACUAAGUGUAAAAUGCAUGAUCUCCUCCACGAUCUCAUCCAAUUCAUUACAAAGAAUGAAUGUUGCAUCUUUGUGAAUGGAAAGUCGGACUACAGCUCUGUUACAGUCCGUCAUUCAUCAUUUAUUGCCACAGGGGAAAUGUCACACAUUCCUGGCCCUCUAUGUGAUGCAAAAAAAUUGCGAACACUGCUCCAAAUCAGAAAUUCAUUAAUUAAUACCAUCCCCGAUAAUUUAUUCCAAUGUGCUAGGUCCCUUAGGGCAUUGGAUUUCGGUGGUUAUGACUCCAGUAUUAAAGAAUUGCCAAGCUCACUUGGGUCGCUGAAGCAUUUACGAUAUCUUGACUUAUCUUAUUCGAAGAUAGUUGAGUUGCCAGAAUCAGUGACUCAUCUCCGCAAUUUGCAAACCUUGAAGUUGAAUUUUUGUAGAGAACUCCAGAGCCUGCCAACUGGGAUGAGUGCAAUGGUCCGCUUGAGACAUCUGGAAAUUAAAGAGACAACAGAACUAAAGUACUUACCGGAAGGGUUGGGGAGAAUAAGUUCCCUUCGAACAUUGAGUAGGUUUAUCGUGGGAGGCGAUGGAAGAUGUAAGAUUGGCGAGCUGAAGCGACUUGACUCUCUCCAAGGAAAGCUGCAAAUAGACCACUUGGAGAGAGUGGCCAGCGUGGAUGAGGCUAAGGAAGCACUACUGGAGAACAAGUUACAACUAAGCAUAUUGUCUCUUGAAAUGUCAGGAGUUGGUGAGGUGGAGAGGAUGGAAAAUGUAGUUGAAGCCCUCAAGCCGCCCCUUGCAAACCUAGAACAGCUGGAAGUUUGGGGAUACAUUGGUUCCAAGUUCCCAACCUGGAUAGGAGAUUCAUCUUUCUCAAAUUUAGUCAAGUUGAAAUUAAUAGAUUGCAAUAACUGUACACAGUUGCCUGGGCUAGGGAGACUACCUUCGCUUGAAUACCUUGAAAUAUCGACAGGUCUUCUAAAACGGGUGGGAAGUGAGUUUUAUGGAAAUGGCAGUGGUGGCUGCAUAAACCUAGCAGCAUUCCCCAAGCUGAAACAUCUGGAAUUCAAGGGAAUUCGAUAA